GAAAAAGCAAAGUAGAACAAUAAAAGAAAAAAGAAUUGCAAUAUAAAGGCAUGGUUUUUUCUUUUUCUUAUUUCUUAUUUUUUCCCUUGAAAUUUUCAAAAGUUGUAAACAAAAGCAAAUGAGCUAUAGUGACAUUUUCCUUAUUCAAUCACCCAAGUCACCCAACGAAAACACAUGGUACUAUACACCAGAGCAACUAAAGAACAGACAAUGCGAAUUUAUAGAACGACCAUCACCAAUAGACACUGUCUAUAACUCACCAGCAGCUGAGGGUGACUCUAUGAACCUUAUCGAAAAUAGGAUCGUCAUUGAAUUUUCAACUUUUUCAGAACUAAAGCUGGCACUCAUAGAUUCUGAAGAUACAAAUACAUCAAAUGUGGUUAAGCAAACAGAAGAAGAAGAGAUGAAGAUUCAGGCUACAAGCACAACCAUACCUUCAUCUGUUCGAACAGACGUCGAAAGUUCACACCUACUCGACGUUCUCAUGGAUCAAGCCACACGGCAUUGGUGUUGUAUUGGCUUUAAAAUAGCGCCGAUCAAGCUUGAGACGAUCAAGAACUGGCGACAAGCACCAUGGCCGAUCGUAUACUGCGUAGCCUCGAUCAGCCUUGUCAGCUUCUUGAGCAGACAAUACCAUUCUGAUUUUAAUCGACAUGCUGCCAUGGCGUUCUAUCAGCAGGCAAGAACGAAAAUGGACGAUAUCCUUGAAGACAGUAUGAACCCACAGAUCAUCCAAUCUUAUUUCUGUUUAAGUUAUACCUCCAACCUCCUACGACUCUACGAACAUCAGCGUACCUGGGGCGGACUUGCUUCAAUAUCCUUACAACAUUUGAUCAGGACGAACUCAGCACAAAUAGAUCCAGUUACAUUGAGUCUUUGGAUUCGUUGGUACUAUAUUGAUGCUUGGCUCUGUCUCACAGUGGGACGUGAUUGCCUGCUACCUGACAGAUUACCCUGGUUGGACUUAAAGAUAAUCGAACAGCUAUCCAUCAGUCAAGUAGUCCAAGACGAUGAUAACCAACAAUUUGGUUUUGCCUGUAUCGGCUAUUACAUGCGUAAAUACAUCCGUGCGAUACAGGCAGGCAAGCUCUACAAUACACAUCCACAUGAACCCUCAGAAUACUAUUACCAAAUUACAGAUAAUCUCAUCCGAUGGUACAAUCAGCUUCCUACUUACAGCAGCAGUAGUCCAGCCUCCCGACUACAUCUCCACAUCUGCUACCACUCGAUGCGUCUCGUCGUCCUCUACCACUUUUUACAACAACCACAACAACCUCCGCCCGAGUCAAUCUUGAUCAACUGUCUGACAACCAAUCUCGAAUUGCUUCAGGCACUGGAGCAUCUGAAGCAAAAGGGGUGUGACCAAAGCACGUAUCACCACAUGUUUCUCGCCAUCCAUAACACAUCUAAACGCAUCUACCAAUACAAACAACUGCAUGCAUUAAGACCGUUUGCGGAAGAACAAUUAAAGAUCAACCUGGCGUUACUCAAGAGCACACAGGCUUACACUCACGACGCGUUCAAGAUGAAAAUUUAUGCAGAAAUGAUUCAAAAUCAGUUUAACAAGAUGAACAUUUCUAUGGAAAAGAAACAGAAUGUGAUGCCUCGAAUACUUGUCUUUAAGAAAGAUGCUUCUAUUAGCACUAAAAAGACUUCAAAAAAUAAAAGGAUUAAAAAUCAAUAACUAAAAAAAAAAGGGC